AUGCAUGCCACAACAGCCACGCAGCAGCAGCAGCAGCAGCAGCAGCAGCAGCAGCAGCAGCAGCACAGCAGCAGCAGCAGCAGCAGCAGCAGCAGCAGCAGCAGCAGCAGCAGCAGCAGCAGCAGCAGCAGCAGCAGCAGCAGCAGCAGCAGCAGCAGCAGCAGCAGCAGCAGCAGCAGCAGCAGCAGCAGCAGCAGCAGCAGCAGCAGCAGCAGCAGCAGCAGCAGCAGCAGCAGCAGCAGCAGCAGCAGCAGCAGCAGCAGCAGCAGCAGCAGCAGCAGCAGCAGCAGCAGCAGCAGCAGCAGCAGCAGCAGCAGCAGCAGCAGCAGCAGCAGCAGCAGCAGCAGCAGCAGCAGCAGCAGCAGCAGCAGCAGCAGCAGCAGCAGCAGCAGCAGCAGCAGCAGCAGCAGCAGCAGCAGCAGCAGCAGCAGCAGCAGCAAGCAGCAGCAGCAGCAGAGCAGCAGCAGCAGCAGCAGCAGCAGCAGCAGCAGCAGCAGCAGCAGCAGCAGCAGCAGCAGCAGCAGCAGCAGCAGCAGCAGCAGCAGCAGCAGCAGCAGCAGCAGCAGCAGCAGCAGCAGCAGCAGCAGCAGCAGCAGCAGCAGCAGCAGCAGCAGCAGCAGCAGCAGCAGCAGCAGCAGCAGCAGCAGCAGCAGCAGCAGCAGCAGCAGCCGCAGCAGCAGCAGCAGCAGCAGCAGCAGCAGCAGCAGCAGCAGCAGCAGCAGCAGCAGCAGCAGC